CUUCCUGCUGCCGCCGCUGUUGUUAGUGUAGGUAUGGCGGUUUGAGUGUUAAAAUAGUAAUAAAACAGAAUAAUUUAGGGAAUAUACUGUAUAUAUCUUCUGUUUUUAGGUGUAAACGUGAUUUGUAGAGUUUUAUGUUUAUAAUAGAGGAGUUUAUGCAUUUUAUAAGCUGUAUUUUAAGCUUUUAUUUAUAACUUAAGUUUGUCGUGAGUGGCGAAUCUGCGGAGAGAGUUAUAACCUGAUCUUCAGGAUGGACAGUGUGGAGACGGUGGGCAGCCGGACCCCUCUGGGCGUUCUCACCCCGUCUCAGCAGAACAGUGAAGCUGGAGACGUUGAUUUCUCCAAACUCACGCCGUCUCACUUCGGCAUCUCCACAGACAGCUUCAUUACGUUUAAAGAGAAAGAUAAAUCCAGAGUGGGUCAGCUAAAAUCGAGGCGGCGGUCCACUAUCGGAGUGAGGGGGUCGCCCGAAACCAACUCCCUCAUCCGCUUCAGAGCCAAGGAGGUCCUGAAGACCCCUCCACGCACUCCUCAGCAGAUGCUGGAGAACCCCCUGUUUUCAGGCUGUGACUCUAUAAAGCAGAAGAUGGCCGCCUUCCAGCGGCUGAUGGGAGAAGAUGAGGAGGAUGGAGAAGAGUCUGUCGCCCCGGAGACGGAGGAGAAGAAGAACGAACGAGUGGGAGGAGAUUCGACAGGCGACGCCCAGAACGGUUCUGGUUCUGAUUCUGAGGAGACGGGGAACCGAUUGACCCCAGUGAGCCACCGUCCUGCUGUAACACCCCCUCCAUCCAAGAGACGCCGCCGGGUCCCGUCGGGUUUCUGUACAGAGGAAAUCCAGGAGGAACCAGUACCUGACCUCCAGAACAUCCUGAAGCAGGAGGUGAUCUGUUCGCAGUUUAAAAGCCCGGCUCCGGUUCUGGUUCUGGGUUCUGACUCUCAGUCUCAGCUGAUGUCUUUACCCAUGCUGUCCAAACCUGAGGUGAUGAGAACAGACGACCCUGAGGUUUCUUCGGUAUCUAAGAAGAAGAGGGUUCGGUUCGGGGCGCCGCUGUCCCCCGAGUUUUUCGAUAAGACCCUCCCCCCCAGCACCCCGCUACAGAAAGGAGCCACACCCCUCCGCCCCCCCUCCUCAACGGGACGCAAACACUCGCUCCUCAAAACCCCCCAGAGGUUCGAACCCCUCCUCCCCCAGCCGGACUUCUACAGCCCCAAGGACAACGGAGCGUCCCCGGAGUUCAGGAUCCCCCGCAGCCGGAGGGACGAGGAGGAGGACGGGGACGAGGUCUUCCUCUAUGGAGAAAAGAUCAGUUUCCCCGUUCUGGAGGAGGAGUCUGAUCCCCCAGCUGAUCACAGAACAGAUGCUGUUUUGGCUGAAGGCCCUCAUCCGGUACUACACCCCCCGUCUCCGGCAGCAGGAAGUGAAUAUAUGGACACGGCUUUCCAAGAGGAAGUGGAACCGCUCGACCCAACGCUCUCCGCAGAACCAGAGUCCAGCCUUGAGCCACAACAGAAUCCAGAAGAUCAGCAGCGUCCAGAGUCUCCAGCGUCCACGGCGGAGGCGUCUCGUCCUCGCGGCAGGAAGAGGAAGCAACAGGCGGAGCGCGAGAGCGAGCCAGAGACGAAGAGGAGCUCUCACAAGCCAAAAACGAAGCAGAUCAUUCCAGAGAAGGAAAAAGAGGAUGAGGACGAGCCGGAGACGAGGAGGAGCUCUCGCUCUGCUGCAGCAUCUGCUAAAGGGAAGCUGAAGACGGCGUCGGCGAAGAGGCGGUUUGGGAGUAAGGAAGUGGACCGAUCACUGUACGGAAAAAGAGACUACGCCUCCAAAAACCCACUGCUCAGCCCCAUCAUCGAGACCACACCCGCCAGCCUACCCAACACCCCAACACCACCAUCACUACCGCACACAGGCGUAAACUCCGCCCCCGACUCAAACUCCACCAAUCAAACUACAAGCAUUCCCAACGCAUCAUCUGGUGCCUCUGAUGGAUCAGACAGAACGGCAGGUCUGGUGGCGGCAGCUGCCUUAUUUCGCCGUCGCUUCUUGCAACCACCAACUGCAACUCAACCGCAAACGAACAACGAGAGCACCACUGCUGUAGACGAUUCCUCCAGCCAAUCAGAAGCUGAUCUAGCAUCUGAUGAUACAUUGUGUCAGAUGGGUGUUGCCCAAUCAGGUGCAAAGGCUCCCAAAGCUCGACGCAACUCCGGUAGACCAGCAGGUCGCCGACGUAGCGCAAACUCCGCAAGAGCGAGACGUCUCAGCGGCAGCGCUCAGGAACACGAAACCAAUGAUCUGGAGGAACCUGAAGAACCUGCAAGUAUCAGAUCAUCUGGUUCUGAAUCUUCAGAGUCUUUAGAAGCUUCUGAAACUCAAACUUCUGAGCAGAUUGAGACCCAAAACCAGAUUAACGAAUUCGUUUCUACAGCAAAAACCAGCGACGAAACACAACCCAAGACUACGACGUACGAAAAAGCAGAAGACGAACCAUGUCAAGAUCCGUUAGAGACGAACCAAUCACCAGAAGAACUCACCGAAGAUCCAAAACAUCCAACAGAACCUUCAGAACCAGUUUUAGAGGCGUGGCAGGAAGCCGACUUCAAUAUCGAAGACGUCCUGAAGCCCGUAAAGACCAAGAGCCGAGGAUCAGUCCGCCGCAGCUUGAGGAACCGCAGGAGCGUGCAGGACGUCCAGGCCAGCGGUCUCGCCUGGGUGGACCACACAUCCCCAGAGCUGAUGACAGCCGGACGCCGGAGGACACGCAGCAGACUGAGCGCCGUCUACCAGCCGGCUACGGUUCUAGAUACCGAGGAACCACAGCAGCAGCAGAACCUGGGAGAGUGAAACCGGGAGACGUUAAGACAAUUUUAGAACCAUGUUGUGGAUUUUGUUUUAGAAAUGAAACAAAAAAAUGCCAAUUCAGCUCUUAAGUGUUUUGUGGUUCAUGAUUGAUUGAUUGAUUGAUUGAUUGAUUAGCUUUUUUCUAUUCUUUCCUUUUAUGUUUUUUUAAAGAAAAAUUACAUGUUAAUAGUUGAAAAACGAAAUACCAUUUUCCUGAUAUGGCGUUAAUAUGCAGCUCUCAUUUUUUCCUGCUUAUUAAAUCUUAAAUCUGUGUUAAAUCUU